GAAUUCUGAUCUUAGGGCUCCUGCUGGCUACUCCCAGCUGCCUUGGCUACGAUGAGGACCUGGCCAAGUGCUUCCAGGACCCUGACUAUGAGUCCGGUGUCACAGCCCAGGAGGGCCUGCACACCUCUCCACUGCCCGAGCGCAUGGUGGUGGUGGGAGCUGGCAUGUCAGGCCUGGUGGCGGCCAAGGCCCUGCAGGACGCUGGCCACCAGGUUUUGGUCCUGGAAGCCAGCAACCACGUCAGGGGUCGAGUGGUCACAAUCAAGAACAAGCAGGAGGGCUGGUACUAUGAACUGGGGCCCAUGCGCAUCCCAAAGUCCCACAGGCUGGUGCACACCUAUGUCAAGAAGCUGGGCCUGAAGCUGAACAAGUUCAUCCAGUACAAUGGCAACACCUGGUACCUCAUCAACGGACACCGUUACCGCAUCAGGGAGGUCAAGGCCAACCCAGAGAUCAUGGGCUAUCCCCUGAACCCCACGGAGAAAGGCAAGAGUGCUGAGGAUCUCUUCCACCAGUCCAUUGCCAAGCUCAAACAGAGUCUGAAAAAUUUCAACUGCAGCCAUCUGAUGUCCUCUUAUGAUUCUUAUUCCACCAAGGCUUACCUGCUGAAGGAAGGGAUGCUGAGCCCAGGAGCCGUAAAGAUGAUCCGGGAUAUGAUGAAUGAGGGUGUCGAAUUCCAUAAGUCCUUCCUGGAGUCCCUGCAAUCUGACAUCAUCUUCUCCAAAAGCGAUGGCUUUCCCGAGAUCACAGGCGGCUUCGACCAGCUCCAAGCCCUCAGCGCCAGCUGGAGGCCUGGCACCAUCCGUCCGGGCUCCACGGUGGAGACGGUAGUGAGGGAUGGGCCCGAGGUCCAGGUUUCCUACCGGCUGGGCAAGUCCACGUCGGUGCACGGUCUCACCGCGGAUUUUGUCAUCCCCGCCUCGGCCAAGGCCACGCGCUUCAUCACCUCCACGCCACCACUCUCCCUAGACAAGGCCGACGCGCUCCGCUCGGUGCAUUACACCAGCGCCACCAAGGUGCUUCUGGCCUGUGACGAGCCCUUCUGGGAGCGGGAUGGCAUCCGGGGCGGAGUCUCCAUCACCGACCGGCCCUGGCGCUACAUCCAUUACCCCAGCCACAGCCUUCCCGGGGGCAAGGGCGUCCUGGGGGCCUCCUACACUCUCGACGACCAUUCCCUCUUCUUCAUGUCCCUGAGUCAGGACCAGGUGCUGGAUAUCGUCCUGGAGGCCCUGGCAGCUGUGCACCAGAUACCCAAGGAGGAGCUGCGGCGCAUGUGCCCGUCGUCCAAGGUCAAGCACUGGUCUCUGGAUCCCCUGGUCGUGGGCGCCUUCGCUGUGUUCACGCCCUACCAAUUCAAGGAUUAUUUGCCACGGCUCUUCCAGCCAGAGGGCCGCAUCCACUUUGCUGGCGAGCACACCUGCCUGCCCCAUGGCUGGAUAGACACUGCCAUCCAGUCUGGCCUCCGGGUAGCCAGGAACAUCCAGGCUGCCGUGGAUGAAGAGGCCCGGGGAGACAGAAGACCUUGGCCAACACCCAGGACCGGUUCUGACCCGGGGAGAAAGCCCCGAGGGAAUCUGGCAGCAACAGACAGGGAGGUGGGAGUGGGAGGCAGAGACUCAGAAGACGGGUCAUCAUUAGUUCCCCUGGCCCCCAAAUAG